UACAGGCACUCAGCAACAGCGGCCUCCGGGGCCCCGCUCCCAGUCCGUGGAGGUGGCGGCCGGCUGGAGCUAGAAUCCAUUUCAGGAAAAAUCAAGCAGGAAGUGGAGCCCCCACCACCCAUAAUGUUGGCCCCAGGGUCUAGAAGAAGACAGGUGUAUAGGGCUGGGGGAUGAAGGCCUACCCCACUGCCAGGAUUGUCAAGGUGACUCGCUUACCUGGACCCCUUCUGUGGAGACGCCCUUACUGCCUGUCCUGCCCCCAGCAGCACCCCAGCAUUUAUUCACACAGGACUGGGACCACGCUAUCCACAGGUCUGUCAGCUGUGGGCACUUGUUAUUAGAUUCUCACCUCUCAUUGGUCUUGCCGUUUCUCACAGCACCUGACACACGGAGGCAGAAAAGAAGGUUUGUGAGGAGGAAGAGGGCGGCUCCCUAGCUCAAGAGCCAGUGGCCAGAGGGAGCCAGACGGCCAGAAGGAAAUUCCUGGCCAUUCAGGUGAGACCCUAGACCUGGGCAUCACGAUGGGGCUUGAGGAUGGGGCAGAGGCGGGCAGGCACGCUGGAGGCACCCUCUGACCCCUGACCCUGACCCCUCCGCUUACAGCAUGGUUUCCCAGGGAUCCUCACCCUCCCUCCUGGAGGCCCUGAGCAGUGACUUCCUGGCCUGUAAAAUCUGCCUGGAGCAGCUGCGGGUUCCCAAAACUCUGCCGUGCCUGCACACCUACUGCCAGGCCUGCCUGGCCCAGCUGGCCGAGGGCAGCCAUCUUCGAUGCCCCGAGUGCCGGGAAGUUGUUCAGGUGCCACCAGGGGGUGUGGCCGCCUUCAAAACCAACUUCUUCGUCAAUGGACUCUUGGACUUGGUGACCGCCCGGGCUGGGGGAGACCUGCGUGCAGGUAAGCCAGCCUGCGCCCUGUGCCCCCUGAUGGGGGGCACCAGCACCGGAGGGCCAGCCACCGCCCGGUGCCUGGACUGCGCCGACGACUUGUGCCAGGCCUGUGCCGAUGGGCAUCGCUGCACCCGCCAGACCCAUGCCCACCGAGUAGUGGACCUAGUGGGCUACAGGGCAGGGUGGUAUGACGAGGAGGCCCGGGAGCGCCAGGCAGCCCAGUGCCCCCAGCACCCUGGUGAGGCUCUGCGCUUCCUGUGCCAGCCCUGCUCCCAGCUGCUGUGCCGUGAGUGCCGCCUGGAUCCCCACCUGGACCACCCGUGUCUGCCCCUGGCUGAGGCGGUGCAGGCCAGGCGGCCGGGCCUGGAGGAGCUGCUUGCGGGCGUGGACAACAACCUGGCAGAGCUGGAGGCUGCCCGGGCGGUGGAGAAGGAAAUGCUGGCCCGGCUGCGGGAGCAGGCGGCCAGGGUGGGGAUGCAGGUAGAGGAGGCGGCUGAGCGGGUCCUCCGGGCCCUCCUGGCCCAGAAGCAGGAGGUGCUGGGGCAGCUCCGGGCCCAUGUGGAGGCUGCUGAGGAGGCUGCUCGGGGAAGGUUGGCAGAGCUAGAGAGCCGGGAGCAGGUGGCCAGGACCGCGGCCACGUUUGCCCGUCGGGUACUCAGCCUGGGUCGUGAGGCUGAGAUCCUCUCGCUGGAGGGGGCGAUUUCCCAGAGGCUUCAGCAGCUGCAGGGUUGUCCCUGGACGCCUGGGCCAGCCCCCUGCCUGCUGCCCCAGCUGGAGCUCCAUCCCAGGCUGCUGGACAAGAACUGCCACCUGCUUGAACUCUCCUUCGAGGAGCAGCAGCCCCAGAAGGAUGGUGGGAAAGACGGAACUGGUACCCAGGGAGAUGAUGCAACCCAGGGCCAGGGAGAGGACCAAGCCGAGACAGAGAAAAAGGGUGGUGGAGUCCAGUCCCAGAGUGAGGAUGUCACCAAGUUCCAAAAAGAAGAGAAAGCCCAAAUCCAGAGAGAAGAUGGGGCCCAGACCCCAAAAGAAGACAGAGCCCAGAUCCAGAGAGAAAAUGGGGCCCAGACCCCCAGAGAAGAUGGAGAAGCCCAUUGCCAGAGAAGUGGCAGAUCCAACAGGAGGAGACGGUUCAAAGGCAGGCUCAAGUCAAUUUCCCGGGAGCCCAGCCCAGCACCUGGGUCAAACCUGGAAGGCUCUGGCCUCCUUCCCAAGCCCAUGUUUUCCUGCAGCUUCCCCACACGGAUGCCUGGAGACAAGUGGUCUCCCCGGAUCACCGGGCUCUGUCCCUUUGGCCCCCAGGAGAUCCUGGUGGCUGAUGAGCAGAACAAGGUGCUGAAGCGCUUCUCCCUCAAUGGUGACUACAAGGGUACUGUGCCAAUCCCCGACGGCUGCUCCCCAUGCAGCGUGGCUGCUCUGCAGGGCGCGGUGGCCUUCUCUGCAGGCUCACGGCUCUACCUCAUCAGCCCUGAUGGUGAGGUGCAGUGGCGCCGGGCGCUGAGCCACUCACAGGCUAGCCACGCCGUGGCCGCUCUGCCAAGCAGGGACAGGGUGGCAGUCAGCGUGUCUGGCUUCGUGGAGGUGUACAACAUGGAAGGAAGCCUGGCCACCCGGUUUGUCCCUGGGGGCAAGGCCAGCCGGGGCCUCCGGGCACUGGUGUUCCUGGCAACCAGCCCCCAGGGUAAUUUUGUGGGUUCAGAUUGGCAGCAGAAUAGCUUGGUGGUCUGUGAUGGGCUGGGGCAGGUGAUCGGGGAGUAUAGCGGGCCAGGCCUGCACGGCUGCCAGCCAGGCUCAGUGUCUGUGGACAAGAAGGGCUACAUCUUUCUGACCCUUCGGGAGAUCAACAAGGUGGUGGUGCUGGACCCAAAGGGGUCACUGCUUGGUGACUUCCUCACGGCCUACCAUGGCUUGGAAAAGCCCCGAGUGACCACCAUGGUGGACGGUCGGUACCUAGCUGUGUCCCUCAGUAAUGGGACCAUCCAUAUCUUUCGGGUCCGCUCUUUUGACAGUUAAAGGGGCUGGGACUGGCGGGGGGGGGGGCGGUUUGGAGGGCAGGAGGGGUGCAGAACU